AUGUCCUUCGACGACUUACACAAAGCAACCGAGAGAGCGGUCAUCCAAGCCGUGGACCAGAUCUGCGACGAGUUCGAAGUCACGCCCGAAAAACUAGACGAAUUAACUGCUUACUUCAUCGAACAAAUGGAAAAAGGUCUUACCCCACCAAAGGAAGGUCACACAUUAGCCUCCGACAAGGGUCUUCCCAUGAUCCCCGCGUUUGUCACUGGGUCGCCCAACGGAACCGAACGCGGUGUUUUACUAGCCGCUGACCUUGGGGGUACCAACUUCCGUAUCUGCUCCGUUAACUUGCACGGAGAUCAUACUUUCUCCAUGGAGCAGAUGAAAUCGAAAAUCCCGGAUGACUUGUUGGACGAUGAAAGCGUCACAUCGGACGACUUGUUUGGGUUCCUAGCACGUCGUACACUCGCAUUCAUGAAGAAGUACCACCCGGAUGAACUGGCCAAGGGUAAAGAUGCUAAGCCUAUGAAGUUGGGUUUCACUUUCUCGUACCCCGUGGACCAAACAUCUCUAAACUCCGGGACACUAAUCCGCUGGACCAAAGGGUUCCGCAUUGCGGACACCGUCGGAAAGGACGUGGUGCAAUUAUACCAGGAACAGCUGUGCGCCCAGGGUAUGCCUAUGAUCAAGGUUGUUGCAUUGACCAAUGAUACCGUCGGAACAUACCUAUCGCAUUGCUACACGUCGGAUAACACGGACUCGAUGACAUCCGGGGAAAUCUCGGAACCGGUAAUCGGGUGUAUUUUCGGUACCGGUACCAAUGGAUGCUAUAUGGAGGAGAUUAACAACAUUACAAAGUUGCCACAGGAAUUGCGUGAUAAGCUGAUAAAUGAGGGUAAGACGCAUAUGAUUAUCAACGUCGAGUGGGGGUCCUUCGAUAACGAGCUCAAGCACUUGCCUACUACCAAGUACGACGUUGUGAUUGACCAGAAGUUGUCAACGAACCCGGGAUUCCACUUGUUCGAGAAGCGUGUUUCGGGAAUGUUCUUGGGUGAAGUGUUACGUAAUAUUCUGGUGGACUUACACUCACAAGGCCUGCUCUUGCAACAGUAUCGCUCUAAGGAACAACUACCUCGCCACUUGACGACGCCGUUCCAGUUGUCGUCGGAAGUGCUGUCGCAUAUCGAAAUCGACGACUCGACAGGUCUACGUGAAACAGAGUUGUCAUUAUUGCAAAGUCUCAGACUACCUACUACUCCUACGGAGCGUGUGCAAAUCCAAAAACUGGUGCGCGCGAUCUCUAGAAGAUCUGCGUAUUUAGCCGCCGUGCCGCUUGCCGCGAUUUUAAUCAAGACCAACGCUUUGAACAAGAGAUACCACGGUGAAGUGGAGAUUGGUUGUGACGGCUCUGUAGUAGAGUACUAUCCUGGUUUCAGAUCGAUGUUAAGGCACGCGUUGGCCUUGUCACCGUUGGGUGCCGAGGGUGAGAGAAAGGUCCAUUUGAAGAUUGCCAAGGAUGGCUCCGGUGUAGGGGCUGCCUUGUGUGCGCUUGUUGCAUGA